UGAAUAUCGGAUACAGUGUGAAUUAUUCGUAAGAAUUUACCGCCAUCCGUUUUCCUAUCUACAAUCCGUCGACCGUUGCUUCUUCUCUGUCGGAUUCUCUUUGGUUUCGCUGACCUCAAGUAUCAGAGUCCUCCUUGUUACAUCUCAUAUUGGUCACGUUCAUCUGGACAACAGGAGUGGUUCUACGGUUAUACGUGCUUCUAAAAAGGUUAUUGUAUGAGUCAAAAAAUAGAAAAACCGAUACUAUCAGGUCAACGUAUAAAGACCAGAAAAAGAGAUGAGAGAGAGAAGUAUGAUCCAACGGGGUUCCGUGAUGCAGUUUUGCUUGGCUUGGAAAAGGCUGGUAACGACCUAGAAGCAAUUUCUAAAUAUUUGGACGCGGCUGGUUCCAAGUUAGACUAUCGUCGAUACGGGGAAGUACUAUUUGACAUUUUGAUAGCUGGAGGCCUUUUGGUUCCUGGUGGUUCCAUUGCUCAAGAUGGCGACAAACCAGUUAAGACCAGUGCAUGUGUGUUUGAGCAGCCAGAGGAUAUGGAAUCUAUGCGGAAUUUUGAGCAGGUUUUUAUCAAGCUCAUGCGACGAUAUAAAUAUCUGGAAAAAAUGUUUGAAGAAGAGAUGAAAAAAGUUUUGGUAUUCAUAAAGGGAUUUUCACCUAAAGAACGCAUCAAAUUAGCUAGAAUGACAGCAUUAUGGAUUUCUAACAGUUCUGUACCACCUACAGUACUCUCAGUGUUGAUCAAUGAACAUCUGGUCAAAGACAAUUUGGCAUUGGACUUUCUUUUAGAAGUUUUUGUCACCUGGAAACAAGAGAAAGGUUUAUCCAGUUUAAUGACUGCUUUGAAGAAAGGAGGUAUCGAAGGAAGACUGAUGGAGUUUGUACCACCAAAUAAACGAACAGAAGAACACUUUCGGUCUGUGUUUGAGGCAGUGGGCUUAGCUGACAUUGUGAAACUGCAUAAGGCUCAGGCAAGUCAGGAAGCUAAGCGAGAUCUGCAACAACUCCUUCUGGACGAUUUAGCGGAUAAUAGGCCGAUGAAGGAUAUUAUAUUCGAUCUCAAAGAAAUGGCACAAAGGAGUGGCAUUCCCGAACAUGAAGUGAUUGGAUUGAUUUGGGUUGUUGUAAUGGGACAAGCCGAAUGGAACAAAAAAGAAGAAUUAGUCGCUGAACAAGCACUGAAACAUCUAAAGAUUUACACUCCACUGUUCGGUGCUUUCACAACCACUGCCAGAUCUGAACUCGCGCUUAUCCUCAAGGUCCAGGAGUUCUGUUACGAGAACAUGAACUUUAUGAAAGUCUUCCAGAAGAUUGUUUUACUCUUUUAUAAAACGGAUGUUGUCUCAGAGGAGGUAAUAUUAAAGUGGUACAAGGAGGGCCAUUCAGUCAAAGGUAAAAUGCUCUUCUUAGACCAAAUGAAGAAAUUUGUAGAAUGGUUGCAAAAUGCCGAAGAAGAAUCGGAAUCAGGAGAGGAAGAGGAUUAAAAGCACUCUCUCAAGACGCAUCAUUGCCAGAAACAAGAAAAAUUGACAUAGUCCCGAAUUUUCAAAAUGGGUCAACAAUUCAAUAUCAAUCGUAAAAAGCACUUGACAAAAGUCCAGUUAUACAGAUAAAUAAAACAUAAGUCAAUGUUAGGUACUGUAUGUUGGAUCAAGUGUAUAAGAAAAUAGGAAAUUUUUAAAUCGUCAAUAAAUUAAUGCUAAUACCCAAUCAUCAGUGUGAAAGAUGAACUGUAAAUUUGCAAUGUCUUUGAAUUGUAUUACUUUAAGAAAAAAA